GCAAAAUUACUUUUUGGUUCAAUGAGUUUCUCAUCCAUAUCAGACCAUGACCACGACAAUGACUACAACAACGACCACCAUUACGACAAUAGCCACAAUGACAACCAUGACCACGAUAAUAGUUAUAAUGAUAAUGACAGUAGCAGUACCUUGAGUAAACAAAGUUGCAGGAGUGAAGUGAGCGAAGUAUGGAAAUAUUUUAAAAAAGCUGUGUGGACAAAAAAAUGA